GGGCAAGGUUCGGCCGCUCGGCGCCGGGGGCAGCGCGGGGGCGGUGACGGCCCCCCCCGCUGCCGUGGGGCCCGCCGGGCUCACAGCCCCGCUCAGGCCUUGAGGGCGGCACGGCCUCGCCCUGCUGCUGCUGCUGGCGCUGCAAAGAACACCUCGCUUUUCCCUCUCCCGACUGCGAGAAGGUGAUGAUGGCGUUGGGGACGCUCUUGAGGAAGCCGCCGCUGCCGCCGGGCAGUUGUAGAGCCUUCUGGGGAUGGCUGAAUGCCGUGUUCAACAAGGUGGACCACGAGCGCAUCCGAGCCGUGGGGCCGGACCGGGCGGCCUCGGAGUGGCUGCUGCGCUGCGGGGCCCUGGUCCGCUACCAGGGCUCGCCCAAGUGGCAGCAGGACUACAAUGGGCUCCCCACGGGGCCCCUGGGCAAGUACAAGAUCGAAGCCAUCAACGCCACCGACUCGUGCAUCAUGUACAGAGGGUUUGACUAUCUGGAUGGCCUGGAGCACGUGAUGGAUAUCAAGCUGGAGAAGUGCAUGUACAUACAGGACGAGUGUCUGCAGAGGCUCAGCGAGACCAGCAACCUCCAGAAGAGUCUGCAGCAGCUGAAGAUCAUUUCCUGUGGGAAUGUCACAGACAGAGGCAUCCUUGCACUCCACAAGCUGACGAACCUGGAAUAUUUGUAUCUGAGUGACCUUCCUGGGAUCAGAGAGAAAGAAACAACCUUCCGUGUCCUUCAGCAGGCGCUGCCCAACCUGGAGCUGGAGCUGGAUUUGGAAUAAACACAGCAGCACACAACUGAGAUGUAUGUGAUUUCCUAGGAUUUAUCUUAUGUUGCAUAAAUGAAGUUGUAGGCACCACUGUACUUCCAGUAAGCCCAGCUCUCCCAGUCCAGCCUCAGAGGUGUAUGUGACCUUUGAAGAAAUCAUGCAGUUAAUUUUCAUUAAGCUUAAACUCAGUGGUGGAUCAAGAGCAGACAGGGCAGGCCUCUGCAUGUAGGCAUCUGUUUCCUGUUUUUCUAGGAAGCUCUGAAUACCUCAGUCAGAAGUUUUCAGUAUUUUACUGCACAGAAGCAAGUGGCAGUGGGGGGAAUGUUGGUGUGUGUGCAGUUGGUGCCUGGUGUUGGUGCUGUUCCCUCUGGGAGAAUCCCACCCAGUAGGUGGGUGCUGAUUAAUAAAAGAGGUUCUGGGUC